CUGUUUCCUGUCUUUAAACGCUUAUAAUUUGCAGACGGCAGACGGUGCUGGAGUCUUACGUUCCUUACCCAUCACAUUCCAAAACUAGAUGCUAAAUGCUCCUUCGUGUUUUGUUUACGUAUCUUCAUAAAAAUGGAUGGUGGAAAUACUAGCAAUUUUCGAGGUACUCGAAUGAAUACGAUGGAAGGUGUGGGAGCUAGAGUUAUGAGAGGUGCUGAUUGGAAAUGGGGCAAACAAGACGGUGGUGAGGGGCAUUUAGGAACUGUAAGAAACUUUGAAUCUCCUGAAGAAGUAGUUGUUGUUUGGGACAAUGGAACAGCUGCAAAUUACAGAUGUUCGGGAGCAUACGAUUUAAGAAUCGUGGAGAGUGCGCCUACCGGUAUAAGACAUGAAGGAACUAUGUGUGAUACGUGUCGUCAGCAGCCUAUUUUUGGAAUUCGAUGGAAGUGUGCAGAAUGUACUAAUUAUGAUUUAUGUUCUACUUGUUAUCAUGGUGAUAAGCAUCAUUUGAGGCACAGAUUUUUCAGAAUCACCACUCCUGGAAGUGAAAGAGCAUUAGUUGAUCCUAGACGUAAAAGUAAAAAAAUUGCCAUCCGAGGCAUCUUUCCUGGAGCAAGAGUUGUCCGAGGUGUUGAUUGGCAAUGGGAAGACCAAGAUGGUGGAAAUGGUCGACGUGGAAAAGUUACAGAAAUACAAGAUUGGAGUGCUGCUAGUCCACGCAGUGCUGCAUAUGUGAUGUGGGAUAAUGGAGCCAAAAAUCUUUAUCGUGUUGGCUUUGAAGGAAUGGCUGAUUUAAAAGUUGUAAGUGAUGCAAAAGGUGGAGCUGUGUAUAAAGAUCACUUGCCAUUGCUUGGUCAAGGUCCAGGACGUGCUGGUAUACAUGGUUUUCAAAUAGGAGAUAAUGUUAAUGUUGAUUUGGAAUUAGAAAUAGUGCAAUCCCUACAACAUCGACAUGGUGGAUGGACUGAUGGCAUGUUUGAGUGUCUUGGAACAACUGGAACAGUUGUUGGAAUUGAUGAAGAUUCUGAUAUAGUUGUAUCAUAUCCAAGUGGCAAUAGGUGGACAUUUAAUCCUGCAGUCCUUACGAAAGUAAAUACAGCAGUAUCUACAUCUUCUUUAGUUUCUUCUGAAGGAGGUACUGCACAGCAGUUUACUGUUGGUGAUUUGGUGCAAAUAUGUAGAGAUUUAGAAAGAAUAAAAAUUUUACAAAGAGGCCAUGGUGAAUGGGCAGAAGCUAUGCUUCCAACUUUAGGCAAAAUUGGCCGAGUCCAACAAAUAUACCACGAUAAUGAUUUGAAGGUUGAAGUUUGUGGUACCUCUUGGACAUAUAAUCCUGCUGCUGUAACAAAAGUAGCCUCGGAUGGUGCAAUUCCUGGAACUUCUAGUGGAGAAAGAUUAAGUGCACUUUUGAAAAAAUUAUUUGAAACUCAUGUGUCAGGGGAUGUGAAUGAAGAAUUAGUAAAAGCAGCUGCUAAUGGUGAUGCACAGAAGUGUGAAGAAAUUCUGAAAAGGUCUGAUGCUGAUGUAAAUGGUGUAUUUGCAAGUCACACUGCACUCCAAGCUGCAAGUCAGAAUGGGCAUAUUGAAGUUAUAAAAAUCCUUCUAAGGCAUAAUGCAAAUGUUGAAAUAGAAGAUAAAGAUGGUGAUCGAGCUGUUCAUCAUGCUGCCUUUGGUGAUGAGCCUGGAGUUAUGGAAUUACUAGCUAGAGCUGGAGCAGAUUUAAAUGCUCGUAAUAAAAGGAGACAAACUCCUUUGCAUAUUGCUGUUAAUAAAGGACAUAUAGGUGUUGUCAGAAGCAUAUUAGAACUGGGUUGUCGUCCCAGUUUGCAGGAUUCAGAAGGAGACACACCCUUGCAUGAUGCUAUCAGCAAAAAGCGUGAUGAUAUGUUGACUUUACUUUUAGAUCAUGGAGCAGAUAUUUGUCUCACUAACAACAAUGGUUUUAAUGCUUUGCAUCAUGCUGCUCUUCGAGGAAAUCCCAGUGCCAUGAGAAUUUUACUAUCUAAACUUCCUCGUAAUUGGGUAGUAAAUGAAAAGAAAGAUGAUGGUUAUACUGCUCUCCAUUUAGCUGCAUUAAAUAAUCAUGUGGAAGUUGCUGAAUUGCUUGUUCAACAGGGUAGAGCAAAUAUGAAUCAACAAAAUGUCAAUCUUCAGACACCAUUACAUUUGGCAGUUGAACGUCAACAUACACAAAUCGUGAGGCUUCUUGUUCGCGAAAAAUGUGAUCUUAACAUACCAGACAAGGAUGGUGAUACUCCCCUUCAUGAAGCCUUGCGUCAUCACACUCUUUCUCAACUUAGACAAUUGCAGGACAUGCAGGAGGGUGGUAAAGUUGGUAUCAGUAAUGAAAGUACCAUCAGUGGUACUUCAGAGCUUUUAAUGGGUUUGGGAACACAGAGCUCCGACAAAAAGAGUAAUGCUUCUAUUGCCUGUUUCUUGGUUUCGAAUGGAGCUAAUUUGCAUAUAAAAAAUAAAAAAGGUCAGACACCAUUGGAUUUAUGUCCUGAUCCAAAUCUAUGUAAAGCUUUGACUAAAUGUUAUAAGGAGCAUGCAAAUGAAGAUUCCAUAACCCCGUCCAAUACUACUCCUGUUCAAGAUAAUGAAACUCUUGAAGAAUGUAUGGUAUGUUCUGAUAUGAAAAGAGAUACUUUAUUUGGACCUUGUGGUCAUGUAGCAACUUGUUCCUUGUGUUCACCUAGAGUCAAAAAGUGCCUUAUGUGUAAAGAACCAGUUCAAUCUCGAACUAAGAUUGAAGAAUGUGUUGUUUGCUCAGAUAAAAAGGCCUCUGUCCUUUUCAAGCCCUGUGGUCAUAUGUGUGCAUGUGAUAGUUGUGCUGCAUUGAUGAAAAAAUGUGUUCAGUGUCGAGCUCAAAUUGAUAAAGUGGUUCCUUUUAUUGUGUGCUGUGGUGGAACUGUACCUGUACCUUCUGGUGUUCCUGUUGUUCAAACAAGUACACCUAUAGCAUCCAAUCCUGCUAAUAUGAAUAUGAUGAUGAAUAAUGGUUGCUUGCACAAUGACAUCCAGAAAUUACAAGAUCAACUUCAAGACAUUAAAGAACAGACCAUGUGUCCUGUGUGCUUAGAUCGUCUGAAAAACAUGAUAUUCUUAUGUGGUCAUGGGACUUGCCAAAUGUGUGGAGAUCGCAUGUCGGAAUGCCCAAUUUGCCGCAAAGCUGUCGAAAAGCGCAUUUUGUAUUAGGUUUAAUACUUAACUUUUCUCUCACAUCAUAUUUUAUUGCAAAAUGUGAUCUGAACUAUAUUGUUGAAUGAUUAGAUAUUAAGGCUUCUCAUGCAGAAGCCAAGGAAAAGAUGUAUUGCCACUUUGGUACUACAUUUGUUCCUUUUUUACUGUAUGUGUAUAUGGAAUCUGUAUGCUAUCUGUGAACUGAAUUUAAAGAAAUCUGCUACAGAAAUAAAAAAUAAUAUAUGUAUUUGAUUAUUUGUCCUUUCUUUCUUCCAGUUACAUUUUGCACAUUGCACUAUUAAUCAUGUUUGAUUAUUUUUUUUAAUUUACUCUGUCAUGCCAUAUUUUGUACCUUCACUUAUAAUGCAUUUGUACCUGUAUGCCAGAUUUUAAUUAAAACUGAUAUUAGUAGCUGUAUUACUGUAAUUAAUAUCAAUUAUCAAAUUUAUACAACUGAUAAGUUUUUUAAAUGAUAAAGAUAUGAAACCAAGGAAUUCUGCAAAUUCAAAAACAAAAUUAAUGAAAUGCAAUAAUUAUGAGGUUUAAAAACUGCCAUGAAUUUAUUAUUGUAGCAAAUGAUUUCAACUUUGAAUUUCAUGUUUUAAAAAUCUCUUUUACCGGUUUCAUAUAUUUAUUUAACUGAUUUUUGCAUUUUACUUUUACAUAUAUGUAUAUAUAUAAUACAGAGCUAUUUCUAUUUUUGUUUUUUGAUGGGCUUGUUUGUAUAUCAGAAUGUUGUAUUUUGCACAAUAAUUUAGGAAUGUAUAGAAUAUUGCUCUUAAAUUUUCACAUUUUUAGAAGUGUUUAAUACCUUUGUAAAUGGUUGUGUUCACGUUAUUUCUUCACUUUGAUUAUUAAUGUAUUUUUGUUAUAAAUUAGAGAUGAAUACUGUUUCUUUUUGCAUUUAUUAAUGUUUUGGCUUCCUACAUUUUUUUUUUUCUGGUACUGCACAGCCAAAUAUGGUUGCAAUACCGGAAAAAAAAUUUACAAACUAAAUCAGGAUUUUGACUUCAUUUUUUAAGUACUGAUAUUUCUAAGAGUUAUCUUGUUUUCCUGGUCAAAAUAUUUGGAAACAUUUAUAGAUAUGUUAUUAUAGAAUAAGAUUUUAAAUCCUAAGAUAGUUAUGGAAUUUUUCCCAUUCUGUUACACCAAACAUAUGUAUAUCCAGAAAAUAAAAAUGGAAAAUUUUGUUUAAAGUAUCAAAGGGACUUUUUUUUUUUUUUUUUUUAAUGUAUAAUCGUUUUUCUAAUCUUUUGUCGUAAAAUACUUGAAAUUAUUUUAAUAAUUUAAUGGACAUUGUGGUAAAAGAACUUAUUACUUUUCCAUAAAUAAACUUCAUUGUAUUUUAUUAAUUAACUUGUAGAAUAUUUUUUCUCUAGUCAUGUGUAUGUAUGUGAUCCAUCAAUAGAAUAUGAAGUUUUUCGUUUUUGAAAUAAGAACAAAAAAAUCUUGUAAAGACACUUUGGAAGUCUUUCAAAUUAGUCUCUAUUUCGAAAGAACAUUAUAUUUAAUAGGAUGUGAAAAUAAUAUUGCAGAUGGUGUAGAGGAAUCUGACUAUUUCAUUAUUAGUAAAAAUAUCCUUUAAGAUGUUUUCAUUGUAGUUAACAAUGAUGUAUGAAGACAAAAAUGUAUCGGUAUCAUAUCUAUUACAGUUAAUUAUAAUGUCUGAUGCUAUAUAAGCAAUUUUUAUUUGGAUGUUUUAAAAUAUUGAAACAACCUCAUUAUUAUUGACAAAUUUGAAAAUAUUUAAAGAAAAAAUUUUAUCAUUGAUGGAGUUAUUUUCUAUGGUAAUUUACAUUUUAGCAAAAGGAGAUAAAUGAUCGAUUUAGUUAAAUUUUUGUGAUAUAAAUUGUUCUUUUAUCUUUUUUAAAGUUAUAUUUUUUUAUGUUAAAAUUGUAGUUUUUGAAAGCAGCUUUUGUUUAUUACAAUUUAUAUGACAUAUUUGUAUAUUUUAACUACCAUUAUAAACCUUGCAUUUUGCAGAUUUCUUUUUAAAAGCAAAUUAUUUUUACUUAUGAAUCAAAAUUUUUAUUUCUAGUAAGAUCAUUUAUUUAUAUCUGUCGAUUUACUUAUUAAAAUAAUUCUUAUUGUAAAUUAAUAAAUCUAUAAUAUUGUUGAAAUUUGAGAUAUGGGUCAUUUUAUUGAAAUGACAAUACAUUCUGUGAAUGGAAUGCUAUAAAUUUGUGUUGAAUUCAUGAAUCUAAUGUUGUAGGUCUACUUUAUUUAAACAGAUUGAUGUGUCAAAUAUUAUGCUAAU